GACGUGGAGUGGCCUCCGGUGACCCAAAGUGCUCUACGCUUUCACGGAGGGUUUUGAUUUUCUUCAUGAGGUGCUGUGUAUCACCAUGUUUACACUGUGUGUAUAAAGAUCAUGCAAAGGUGCGGGUGUAUGUAAUUGUCCCUUAAAAUGUGUCCGUGUAGAACGCAGACUCUCAGCCAACACCCUAAACGUGCAGAGGAAGAGAAUGAUGAGAGACGUCCCAGUGUGGAUGCUCCACCGAGGACUAAAACUAACCCAAAUCAAGAGCCGUGCACAAAACUACCUCCCCUGAGAAAGGCUAGUCCCUUUUCUUCCCCGUCCACUUCACUAUGAACGUUGUACAGAAUAGCCUGUUCUUGUCCAAUUUGCUGAAAAGCACCCCCGUGCUUGAGCUGAAAUAUGACUUUUCAUGUGAACUCUAUAGAAUGUCUACAUACUCAACGUUCCCCGCCGGCGUCCCCGUCUCCGAGAGGAGUCUGGCCCGGGCGGGGUUUUACUACACUGGUGUGAACGACAAGGUCAAGUGCUUCUGCUGUGGCCUGAUGCUGGACAACUGGAAGCCUGGAGACAACCCUAUUGAAAAGCACAAACAGCUCUACCCCAGCUGCACCUUUAUUCAGAGUCUAAAUUCAGCCCGCAUCUCGGGAGCCAGCUCUCCACCUCCUCCUCCUUGUUCAGUAACAAAUUCCACACAUCCACUGCCUCCCAGUUUGGAAAACACUGGAUAUUUCAGUGGGUCUUAUUCCAGCUUCCCAUUGAAUCCCGUGAACUUCAGACCAGAUCCGGAGUUUGCUCCCUGGAGGCCCAGCCCCUGUGACGGCGCCGUGAAGACGGCGGAAGCCCGCUUACUCACCUUCCGGCCGUGGCCCUUGAGCUCUCCGCGGGCGCCGGACCUUGCCAGGGCUGGCUUCUACUACGUAGGGCCCGGAGACAAGGUAGCCUGCUUCACCUGCGGCGGGACACUGAGCAACUGGGAACCCAACGACAGCGCUCUGUCAGAGCACCUGAGACACUUCCCCGACUGCCCGUUUGUGGAGCGUCAGCUCCAGGGUGCGCUGAGAUCCACCGCGUCCAACGCGAGCAUGCAGACCCGCGCGGCCCGCCUCAGAAGCUUCUGCAGCUGGCCCCGCCACGUGCCUGUGCGGCCCGAGCAGCUCGCCACGGCGGGCUUCUAUUACACGGGUCACAGCGACGACGUCAAGUGCUUUUGCUGCGACGGCGGACUGCGGUGUUGGGAAUCUGGCGACGACCCGUGGGUGGAGCACGCCAAGUGGUUUCCGAGGUGUGAGUACUUGAUAUGCGUCAAAGGACAAGAGUUCAUCAGUCAAAUUCAAGCCAGUUACCCUCAUCUACUUGAACAGCUGUUAUCUACUUCAGACAACACAGAAGAUGAAAAUGCUGAAUCACCAAUUGUCCAUUUUGGACCUGGAGAAAACCGUUCAGAAGACGCAGUCAUGAUGAACACCCCCGUGGUGAAGGCCGCCUUGGAGAUGGGCUUCAGUCGAAGCCUGGUGAGGCAGACCGUGCAGAGUAAGAUCCUGACCACUGGGGAGAAUUACAGAACUGUUAACGAUAUUGUGUCUGAUUUACUUCACGCGGAGGAUGAACUAAAGGAAGAGGAGAAAGAAAGAGCAGCUGAGAACAGAGAAUCAGACGACGUAUCAUUGAUCCGGAAGAACAGAAUGGUGCUUUUCCAGCAUUUGACUUACGUGCCCCCAAUCCUGGAUAGUCUGCUAACUGCCAGAGUGAUUAGUGAGCAAGAAUGCAGUGUGAUUAAGCAGAAGGCACAGACGUCUCUGCAAGCAAGAGAACUGAUUGACACUGUGUUAGGAAAGGGAAGCUUUGCGGUCACCAUAUUUAAAAACUCUCUACAAGAAACAGACCCUGUGUUAUACAAGCGUUUAUUUGUGCAACAGGACAUAAAGUAUAUCCCCCCGGAAAAUGUCUCAGAUUUACCAGUGGAAGAGCAGUUGAGGAGGCUGCAGGAAGAGAGGACGUGUAAAGUGUGCAUGGACAAAGAAGUUUCCAUAGUGUUCAUUCCGUGUGGCCACCUGGUCGUGUGCAGAGAGUGCGCCCCAUCUCUGCGAAGAUGUCCUAUCUGCAGGGGCGCAGUCAAGGGCACAGUGCGUACGUUUCUUUCAUGA